AUGAGGGUCAUCGAGCUGAUCAUAGACGGCUUCAAGUCGUACGCCGUCAGGACAGUAAUAUCAGGAUGGGACGAGAGCUUCAACUCCAUCACCGGCCUGAACGGCUCGGGCAAGUCCAACAUCCUCGACGCCAUCUGUUUCGUGCUGGGAAUCACAAACAUGACGACCGUGCGAGCCCAAAACUUACAGGAUCUCAUCUACAAGCGAGGCCAGGCUGGUGUCACAAAAGCCAGCGUCACCAUCGUCUUCGACAACAGAGACAAGAAGAAGUCCCCGAUCGGCUUCGAGGAGUAUGCGACCAUCAGUGUGACGAGGCAGAUCGUCCUCGGAGGAACGACGAAAUACCUGAUCAACGGACACCGAGCCCAGCAGCAGACUGUCCAGAACCUGUUCCAGUCCGUUCAGCUGAACAUCAACAACCCCAACUUCUUGAUUAUGCAAGGUCGCAUCACAAAAGUCCUUAACAUGAAGGCCGUCGAGAUCCUGGCCAUGAUUGAGGAGGCCGCGGGCACACGCAUGUUCGAGGACCGCAGGGACAAGGCCCUCAAAACCAUGGCCAAGAAGGAGAUGAAGCUGCAGGAGAUCACGGAACUUCUGCGCGACGAGAUCGAGCCCAAGCUCGAGAAGCUACGGACAGAGAAACGGGCAUUCCUGGACUUCCAACAAACACAGAACGACCUGGAGCGUCUGACGAGAGUCGUGGUUGCACAUGACUACAUCAGAAACCAGGAGAAGCUCGCACAGUCCGGGACGGACCUCGAGAUCAAGAAGCAGAGGCAAAAGAAUCUCGAAACUUCGGCCGCGCGGCUCAAGAGCGAGAUUGCUAACCUCGAGGAAGAUGUCAAGAGAGUCAAGUCGCAAAGAGACAAGGAACUCAAGAAGGGUGGCAAGGCUCAAGGGCUUGAAGACGAAGUCAAGAAGCACUCCAACGAGCUCGUUCGUCUGGCCACAGUCAUGGACCUGAAAAGGUCGAGCAAGUCCGAGGAGGAGGAGCGCAAGACGUCGGUCGAGAAGAACGUUGCUGAGCUUGAGGCCUCGCUGAAGGAAAAGACCACAGCGUUCGAGAAGAUCAAGGCCAAGUACGACUCAGCUAGAGAGGAAAGCGAGAAGCAAAGCCAGGAGGCUGAGUCGAAGGAGGAACUACUGCAGACGCUGCAGACCGGUGUCGCAUCCAAGGAAGGUCAGGAAAGCGGUUAUCAGGGUCAACUGCAGGACGCCAGAAACCGAGCUGCGGCAGCUGCCACAGAACAGGAACAAGCGAAACUCAAGGUCGCCCAUCUGGAGAAGCGCAUCAAGGAGGAGGAGCCGCGCGCAAGGAAGGCAAAGGAGCAGAACGCCUCGUUACUGAAAGACAUUGAGGGCCUAAAGGCCCAGUCCCAGAAGCUCGAGGCCCAGCUGGCCAAGUUGGGCUUCGAGCCGGGCCAGGAGGAAGCCAUGUACAAGCAGGAAUCAGCCCUGCAGCAGUCAAUCCGCAAUCUCAGGCAGGAAGCAGAUGCUCUGAAGCGGAAAGUUGCCAACAUCGACUUCAACUAUGCAGACCCCACACCCAACUUUGACCGCUCCAAAGUCAAGGGCCUGGUGGCGCAGCUCUUCACGCUUGACAAGGAGCACACCCGGGCCGGCACUGCUCUGGAAAUCUGCGCUGGCGGACGCCUGUACAACGUGGUUGUCGAUAGUGAGGUCACGGGAACCCAGCUACUUCAGGGCGGUAAGCUCCGAAAACGAGUCACCAUUAUUCCCCUGAACAAGAUUUCUACAUUCAAGGCGUCGGCACAAACCAUCGCCACCGCUCAAAAGAUCGCGCCUGGCAAGGUCGAUCUAGCAUUGACCCUCGUUGGUUACGAUGACCAGGUUUCCGCGGCCAUGGAGUAUGUCUUCGGAAAUACACUCAUUUGCCAGGAUGCAGAGACAGCCAAGAGAGUGACUUUUGAUCCCAACGUGAGGAUGCGAAGUAUCACAUUGGAGGGUGACUCCUAUGACCCGUCGGGCACCCUCUCUGGUGGAAGCUCACCAAACUCCAGCGGCGUGCUCGUGACGCUUCAGAAGCUCAACGAGAUCAAUCGACAACUCCGCGAGGCCCAGGCAUCACUAGGUCAACUCCAGGGUCAAAUUGGCAAGGAAAAGGCCAAGCUUGACCAGGCACGCAAGAUCAAGCAGGACCUGGAUCUCAAGACCCACGAGACGAAGUUGGCCGAAGAACAGAUCAGUGGCAAUUCCUCAUCGUCGAUCAUUCAGGAGGUUGAGAACAUGAAGGAGACCAUCGCACAGCUCAAGACAAGUAGUGCCGAUGCCAAGAAGAGGCAAGCCGAAGCCAGCGCGGAUGUCAAGCAAAUUGAGAAGGACAUGAAGGACUUCGAGAACAACAAAGACUCCAAGCUGGUUGAGCUGCAAGCUUCAUUAGACAAACUGAGAGCAUCUCUUGCCAAGAACUCAGGCGCCCUCAAGAGUCUGCAGAAGGAGGUUCAGAGUGCACAGCUGGACUCCGAGCAGGUUUCUGGAGAUCUUGCAGCUGCGCGAGAGCAGCUUCAGGAAGUUGAGCUUGCAAUCAAGUCACAGCAAGAGGAGAUCGAAGACCUCGUCAAGAAGCAAUCUGCCCUCCAACAGACUCACGAUGAAGUCCAAGCGCACUUGGACGACGAGCGAGCCAAACUGACACUAUUUGACGAUGAACUCCGCGCUCUCGAGGAGACUACUCGUUCCAAGAACUCCCGCAUCGCUGAGGAAGGCCUCGAGAUGCAGAAGCUUGGCCACACAGUCGAGAAGUUCCACAAGGAACAACAGGUGGCCCGCCAGGACCUCGAGAAGAUGGAGCACACGUAUGAGUGGAUCGCAGAUGAGAAGGACAACUUUGGUCGCUCCGGCACGCCAUAUGACUUCCAGGGCCAGAACAUUGCGGAGUGCAAGGCCACACUCAAGACCCUGCUGGACCGCUUCCAGGGCAUGAAGAAGAAGAUCAACCCCAAGGUCAUGAACAUGAUCGACUCGGUCGAGAAGAAGGAAGUCUCCCUCAAGCACAUGAUGAAAACCGUCAUCCGUGACAAACGGAAGAUCGAGGAGACCAUCAUCAGUCUGGACGACUACAAGAAGAAAGCCCUGCUCCAGACUUGGGAGAAGGUCAACGGCGAUUUCGGCAACAUCUUCUCAGAGCUGUUGCCCGGAGGCAGUUUCGCCAAACUCGAUCCGCCAGAGGGCAAGACCAUCAAUGAGGGUCUCGAGGUCAAGGUCUGCUUGGGCAAAGUGUGGAAGCAGAGUCUAACAGAAUUGAGUGGUGGUCAGAGGUCACUCGUGGCGCUGUCGCUUAUCAUGGCUCUCCUGCAAUUCAAGCCGGCGCCCAUGUACAUCCUGGACGAGGUCGACGCCGCGUUGGAUCUGUCGCACACACAGAACAUCGGCCGCCUGAUCAAGACCCGCUUCAAGGGCAGCCAGUUCAUUGUCGUCAGUUUGAAGGACGGCAUGUUCCAGAACGCGAACCGCAUCUUCCGGACGCGCUUCAGCGAGGGCACAAGUCAUGUGCAAGCGUUAACGGCUGCCGACUUCAAGUGA